UUUUUUUUCUGCCGUCCUCAAUUCACAGCGCGAAGCCGUCCAACGUAACUCACCGCUAAAACAUGCGCCAAGGUGGUCGGUUGGACCGAUUCUGGAUUGCACUGACGCGCAAGAAACGCAACGAAGAUGACGGAAGCGACUCGCAGCUGGCCCGUGUCCUCUCGCUACUGGAUCUAACCGGUCUGGGGGUGGGCAGCACCCUUGGUUUGGGGGUGUACGUUCUGGCCGGAUCGGUAGCCUACGAGCAAGCUGGCCCCGCCGUUGUUAUUUCGUUCCUGGUGGCGGCCGUGGCCUCUGCCAUUGCUGCCCUCUGCUACGCAGAAUUUGCCGCCCGAGUACCGAAGGCCGGAUCCGCUUACAUCUACAGUUACGUCAGUAUCGGCGAAUUUGCGGCUUUUACGAUUGGAUGGAACCUUAUUUUGGAAUAUGUUAUAGGCACAUCCAGCGUAGCCCGUGGCAUGAGCGGUUACAUCGAUGAGCUGUCUGGCAACAAAAUCAGCACAGCUUUGAAGGAAACCAUGGGCAUGAACGUGAGCUUCCUUUCAGAUUAUCCGGACUUUUUCUCCUUCGUAGUGGUGCUGAUCCUGGCCGCACUGCUGGCGUAUGGCGUCAAGGAAUCCACACUGUUGAACAACAUCUUCACCGGAGUGAACUUGUGUGUUAUUGGGGUCGUGCUGGUCGCUGGUGGCAUGAACUGUGAUCCGGCCAACUGGAAUAUCAAGCCGGAGGACAUCCCCGAAGGCAUCGAUGGUGGCGUGGGAGGAUUUGCUCCAUAUGGCUUUGCAGGAAUCAUGGCUGGAGCGGCAAAGUGUUUCUACGGUUUCGUAGGGUUUGAUUGUAUUGCUACUACAGGAGAGGAAGCUAAGAACCCCAGCCGUAACAUUCCAUUGGCUAUCGUGAUCUCCUUGAUCAUCAUUUUCCUGGCCUAUUUCGGUAUUUCUACUGUGUUAACUAUGGCAUUGCCAUACUAUCUGCAAAAUCCGGAUGCCCCAUUUCCGCAUCUGUUCAAUCAGCUCGAAUGGCACGCAAUCAAGUGGAUCGUGUCGAUCGGUGCAAUAUUCGCUUUGUGCACCAGUUUGCUUGGCGCUAUGUUCCCCCUACCUCGUGUUCUGUACGCCAUGUCUUCCGAUGGAAUCAUCUACAAGAAAUUGCGCACGGUUCAUCCGAAAACGCAAACUCCCGUAUUCUCCACUAUUUUGGCAGGACUUCUGGCCGCUACAAUGGCUAUGUUGUUCAACCUGCAGCAGCUGAUUGAUAUGAUGUCGAUCGGUACAUUGAUGGCCUACACGAUCGUCGCAGUAAGCGUUCUUGUGUUGAGAUAUGAGGAUCGAACGCUUGUACAGAGUACAAACGUUACGAUACCGAACGUGUUCCGACAACUAUUCAACGUGGACAAGCUGCAGAACCCAACCACGCUGUCGUCGAGCAUAGUGAAAUUCGGCAUUUGCGUUUUCGCCAUCCUCGUGUGUGCCGUGUGUACGAUCUUCAUUGUGGCAACCGAUGAGCUUGCCGAAGCAUAUCCGGGAACAGUAGCAGCCGUUUGCGUACUGGGUGCCUUCAUGAUUCUGCUGAUCAUCAUCACUGCCCUCCAGCCAACGGAAAGCACCAAACUAACGUUCAAAGUUCCUCUGGUUCCCCUACUGCCCAUGUUGAGUGUAUUCUUCAACCUGUACCUGAUGUUCCAGCUGGAUGCCGGGACGUGGGUUCGAUUUGCCAUAUGGGUCAUUAUCGGUUACAUCAUCUACUUCACGUAUGGAAUCAAACAUUCCGUGGAAGGCGCGAUGGCCAAAGAAAUUCCAGUGAACGGAAAUGGCGUCACUGUGCUGAAGAAUGGAAUCGAUAACAACGCUUUUGAUGGAAGUCACGACAAAUUUGUAUCGACCGUGCCGGCCGAGAACCCUCGAAGAAGUUCGAAAAACUCCUACUCACUCAACAACGAAUAGCUAAGUGGCAGGACAUUCCAGCAAGAGGCAUUUCCGUACACUUGAGGAUGUUUAGUGGAUAAGUACAAAUAAUCAAGAGAGUAUAUUAGGAUAUAUUAGCUCUCUCGAAUCGAUUUUACUUUGAUGAAAGGGCACUUGCCGUUGCCGAGUGGCCAGCAGGAUGUUUCAAGUGUAUUAUAGACAUUAGAAGUCGUGGUAUUUUUGCAUAGUUGAAAUUUUACCAGAGUAGAUAAGAACCAGACGCUUAGUGAUACUAAAUGUGGUCUUAAAAAAAGUAUUUUCCUGCUCCCGUCUGGUGUCGCGAAUGGGAUGCACGUACCUAUGCAGUAGUUAUGAGGCGACACAGAAACAAUGCUUGUGAUAAAUGAAUUUAAGGGUACGAUUUUUACUUUUUAUCAAUUUAAACGAUAAAUCACGACAAUAUUUUAAGACAGCAGAGAAGUAAUGCCUAAUUUUAAAAACCAAUGUACAUUAGACACCUCAAAACCAGAUUGUGUCCUAAGUUGUAAUUGAGCAAAACCUAAUAAAUCAAGAUUAACGUAA